AUGGACAAGUUCAACUACUCAGCUUUACUUUUACACACAAUCCUUGCUGAAGGGUGUUUUGGAAGUUCCAUAGGAUUAUACCAAUACCACAAUCAGUACAUCGUCAUCAAAAGCAUUCCUUACAACAGUCCUGACUAUGCCUACAAGGCUGUUCUGAAAGAGCACAUGAUCCUUUCCCGAAUCCGUCAUCCACGAAUCAUACAAUAUCUGGGAUACUUUCAAACAUCAGAGAGCUGGAAUAUUAUGCUGGAAUUUGCAGAGCAUGGCAGCUUGGCUGCUUUUCUUGAGCGUCGCUCCGACCAAAGGGCUUUCCUGAAUCAACACACCGUAAUGGUGAAAUUUGCUGACAUAGCAGACGGCCUUAUCUACCUACAUCAGAAAUAUGUUAUUCACCGUGACCUGAAACCCGCCAACAUACUCAUUUCUAUGGACAACAGACUGAAAUUGGCUGACUUUGGUAUAUCAAAGAUUAUGCACGACAACGACUUUAACCGGACUAUCAUUGGAACGCCUAUUUACAUGGCUCCCGAAGUAGCUCGUGGUAAGGAUUAUGAUUACAAGAGCGAUGUAUGGGCGUUGGGCAUUGUUUUCUACGAACUGUGUAUGCUGGAACACCCCUUCGUGAAUUGUCUCGGCAAGAGCCGGAAGCAGAAAUUUCGCGUACCACAAAUUGACUACGAAGGACGUGGAUAUUCUCGCUCCGUGCAGAUGCUAUGUGAUAUGAUGAUACAGAAAGAUCUGUCGAAGCGCUGGACGCUGGAGAACAUUAUGAAGGAAAUCCACGUGCUACAGUUAAUGAAUCGUACGGCGAUUUAA